GACACAGUACACAUCAAUUUGCUUAUUGACACUAGUCAUCCAGUAAUUUACAUUAUAUCAAAGAUUAUAAUAUAAAAGUUGUGUUUCGCAUAGAUAUCAACAAUUAAUUAGUUAUUUGUUGUAAAUAAUUUGUUGAAGAUUCUAUCAAUUCAUUCAAACGUUAGGCUAUAUUUUUGAAAACCAUGACUUUAGAAACUGUUCCCAAGAAUUUAAAAGGUCUUAGAGCAUGUUUAGUUUGCUCUCUGAUAAAAUCCGCCGAUCAAUUUGAAGAUGAAGGAUGCGAUAACUGCGAUGAGUUUUUGAGAAUAAAACAUAACACUGAGAACUUAUACGAUUGUACAAGUACUAAUUUUGACGGAAUGAUUUCAUUAAUGAGUCCUGAUGAUAGUUGGGUUGCCAAAUGGCAGAGAAUUAAUCGGUUUUGUCCAGGAGUGUAUGCUAUUUCCGUAUCCGGACGCCUACCCAAUAGUAUUAUUAGAGAAAUGAAAAGUCGCGGCAUUGUUUAUAAAAGUAGAGACACUAGUCAGCGAUAAUAAUAGAUUUUAUAUAUGUCGAGUAUCAUGUCAAAAUAAUCUGAUUUUUAUUGUUUGUAAUAAUGUACUAUUAAAAAUAAUUAUCUAUUAUACAAAAAAUAAACUUUUAGCAGUUAAGGGAAUGAUUUAAAUCAGUGGUACCCAAAAUUUUUUGUCCGGGGACCCACCUUCAUUAUGGAAUAUUAAUCACGACUCACUAUUAAUAUUUUUAAUCAUUAUCGUGAAAUUUCUCUUUUGGGGAAUAGGUACAACUGUAAAAAGAAAUGAGUCCGAAAAAAACACUUUUAAUUCAAAAUUAAAUAAAUAAAUAAUAAAAAAAUGAAAAAAGACACAGAUCACUUUCCACACAAAUCGUAUUUCAAUAUUUAUUUUUUAAAUAUACCAAAGAGACAAAUAUGCAGUUGAAAACCCCAUCAGCUCUUCUAGGCUAUACCUACUGAAAUAAAUGUCCAGGACACUUUACCAGAUUUAGAUAAAGCCUCUUCAGGUGAUGAUUAGUGGGAAAGGAGUUGAGUGUCGAUUUUUUUGUGCAUUCUGAUUUGUGUUUGUUUAUAAUUAGUGUAAAAUGCGUUGAGUGUUGAUUUUUUUGUCCAUUCUGAUUUAUGUUGGUUUGUGAUUAGUGUAAAAUGCGUUUAGUGUUGAUUUUUUUGUGCAUUCUGAGUUGUGUUUGUUUGUGAUUAGUGUAAAAUGCGUUGAGUGUUGAUUUUUUUGUACAUUCUGAUUUUUUUGUUUGUGAUUAGUGUGAAAUGAGUUAAGGGUUGAUUUUUUUGUACAUUCUGAUUUAUGUUUGUUUGUGAUUAGUGUAAAAUGCGUUGAGGGUUGAUUUUUUUGUUUGUGAUUAGUGUAAAAUGCGUUUAGUUUUGAUUUUUUUGUGCAUUCUGAGUUGUGUUUGUUUGUGAUUAGUGUAAAAUGAGUUAAGGGUUGAUUGUUUUGUACAUUCUGAGUUGUGUUUGUUUAUGAUUAAUGUAAAAUGCUUUAAGGGGUGAUUUUUUAAUACAUUCUGAUUUAUGUUUGUUUGUGAUUAGUGUAAAAUGCGUUGAGUGUUGAUUUUUUUUGUACAUUCUGAUUUAUGUUUGUGAUUGAUUAAUGUAAAAUGCGUUAAGUGUUGAUUUGUUUAUGCAUUGUAAGUUAUGGUGGUUUUUUUAUCAAACCAACAUGUUUAUCUUUUGGUUUAGUACUAUGUUUUAUGCUUUACAACUAAAUAAAUGUAUUGUUCAACAAAUAUUGGUUUUACAAAGCUCAGCU